CGGGCAGCACCCCAGCAGCCGCCAGGCGAGCGGAGGCCUGCGGACCUGCGCAUCUCCCCCGAGACCUCGCGCUGCUCCCCGCGCCGCCACGACAUGAGCCACGGGCAGAGAACCGACAUGCUCCCGGAGAUCGCUGCCGCCGUGGGCUUCCUCUCCAGCCUCCUGAGGACCCGGGGCUGCGUGAGCGAGCAGAGACUGAAGGUUUUCAGCGGGGCGCUCCAGGAGGCACUAACAGAGCACUACAAGCACCACUGGUUUCCCGAAAAGCCGGCCAAGGGCUCGGGCUACCGCUGCAUCCGCAUCAACCACAAGAUGGACCCCAUCAUCAGCAAGGUGGCCAGCCAGAUCGGACUCAGCCAGCCUCAGCUGCACCGGCUGCUGCCCAGCGAGCUGACCCUGUGGGUGGACCCCUAUGAGGUGUCCUACCGCAUCGGGGAGGACGGCUCCAUCUGCGUCUUGUAUGAGGAAGCCCCAGUGGCCACUUCCUACGGGCUCCUCACCUGCAAGAACCAAAUGAUGCUGGGCAGGAGCAGCCCCUCAAAGAACUAUGUGAUGGCGGUCUCCAGUUAAAUGCCCUGCGCCCCCACUCUGGCACUCUACUGUACCCAUUCUGCCGUGACAACAGGCCACCGCAUACCUCAACCUGGGGAACUGUAUUUUUAAAUGAAGAGCUAUUUAUAUAUAUAUUAUUUUUUUUAAGAAAAGAGGAGGAAAAAAACCAAAAGAUUUUUUUUUUAAGAAAAAUCCUUAAAGGGAGCUGCUUGGAAGUGGCCUCCCCAGGUGCCUUUGGAGAGAACUGCUGUGGGCUUGAGUCUGUGAGCCAGUAUCUGCCUAUGGGAGGGGAGAGGGGUUGGAGGAGAGGCCUAGCCAAGGUGAGGAGGGAGAAGUUUUGGCUAGCACCUGAGGAGGAUGGGAAAGGGAGCAAGCAAGGUUAGCAACUGUGAAUAAGAGAGGUCAGUAUUUGCCCUGGAGGGAGAAGAAAGGCUGGUUCAAACCUCCAUCCCAACCGGGACACUUGCAUCUCUGGCUUCUCUUACUCAGGGGCAUUCAAGCCUGCACUUAAGUAAUACUAUGUUGCCUAAUCUCAUAUUUUUCCAAGAUUCUUGGCAGAGAGUUAAAAGGCCUCUCCUUAUUCUUUCUGUCCUAAGCAGCUUUUUUUGAAAUCACGACUUGUUUCUAAUUCUA